GCCACGAGUAACUUGGUGGGGUGAUGGCACACCAAGUCCUCCUGAUGGAAACCAGCAGAAGCUUAAUGCAGCCAAAAGAAUAACAUGAGGGAAGACUGCCUGUAGGAGAUUCAGUGGAUUUUUUUCAGGUGGACAGUUUUAUAAAGAAUCUAACAGUGGGAUUUUGUAUCUGUCAUUCCAUCUACAGGCAGCCCACAAUGGUGCAAGGAAGAAAAUGUCCAACCAAAGCUCUGUGUCUGAGUUCAUCCUCCUUAGAUUGUCUGAUGUUUGGGAGUUGCACAUUUUGUGUUUUUUCAUGUUCCUAGCCAUUUACCUCACAGCCCUGAUGGGGAACCUUCUCAUUAUCAUUGCUGUAGUCCUUGACCAAAGUCUCCACAAUCCCAUGCACUUCUUCCUUCUGAACCUGUCCAUCAUGGUCACUGGAACCAUUUCUGUCAUCAUCCCCAAAAUCAUGGUCAACUCUCUGCUGAACAUCAGAACAAUCUCUUAUGCUGGGUGUACUGCUCAAGUUUUUUUCUUUAACUUCUUUGCGGGAGCAGAUUUUUCCCUUCUCACUGUCAUGGCGUAUGACUGCUACAUUGCCAUCUGUAAGCCAUUGCACUAUGAGUUGGUCAUGAACAGAAGAACAUGUGUCCAGAUGGCAUCCAGUGCCUGGGUAGCAGGGAUACUCAACUCUAUCAUGCACACCUGGAACAUGUUUGCAUUCACCUUCUGUGGAGGCAAUGUGGUGGACUUGUUCUUCUGUGAAAUCCCCAAGCUCCUCAAGCUCUCCUGCAUGGACACAUUUUUUAGGGAAGUCUGCCUGAUACUAUUCGCUGUCUGCUUAUUGUUGUGCAGUUUUAUUUUCAUUGUUGUGUCCUACAUUAAGAUCUUCAGUGCAGUGCUGAGAAUCCCCUCAGAGCAGGGCCGCCAUAAAGCCUUCUCCGCCUGCAUCCCUCAUCUCACUGUUGUCUCCUUGCUUGUCUUUUCUGUCACUUUUGCAUACUUCAAACCUACCUCCAACACCCCAUCAGGGCUGGAUCUCAUAGUGGCUGUCAUAUAUUCAGUAGUACCUCCCACAAUGAAUCCCAUCAUCUAUAGCAUGAGAAACAAAGAGAUUCUUGCUGCUCUGAGGAAACUGGCUCACUGUCUGUUCUUCACUGACUUCCAGGUGCCCAUCUUUCUCAAGUGAACUUGCUGUCCAUCUGUGCAUCCUGGGCAGUGUCAAGUAUGUCUUUGAGAAAUAGCAACAACACAAGUGAGUUAAAUUCUUCUUAGGAUGGUUUCAUGACCAAUGGAAACCAAAGCUCUGUCUUUUCUUCAGGCUUGUAAUAUAGAAGUGGCAACACUGCAAAAAAAACAGUGUGAACUGCCUUGUAAGACUGAUAUAUGUGAGAGAAGGACUAAAUCUAAACAUUUAGAGCUAGAUCCUCACCAAAUGAUCAUGACUCCAAUGAGUUGGAUGGAAACUGACUGAUUGAUGCUGUGGGAGGAUGUACUUAGUGACUUUAGUGGAACUGCCUCCAUUUCCACCAGGGGAAUCAUGUCUCCCAAUUUAAAUAUGACAUGGAUCUUACAUAUGUGUAUUUGUCUCUCUUAUACUACUUCUCCACUACUAUCUAAGAUGAAGUCUAGUUUAGACUUGGCAGAUAUGCACGGAGAACAGAUUUUGAUAUCAAAACAGUGUGUGAACAGAUGCUUCCCACCCUUUGAGGACUCUGCAUGAUUAUGUGGUUUGAAUCUUGCUGUUUCAUUGUAAAUUUCCCAUUAUCACACAUGUGCAAGUGACAUUACAUAUGGCAUCCUUUGCUGUGUUUUCAUGCUUAAACAAUACAAGAGAAGAUGUGUUUCCUGUCCUUGGCAUCAAGCCUACCUGUGACUUUGUAAGUGAGGAAUUUUCUCUUGGCUUGGUUACCGAUGUUGUGUCUGACGUAUAUGCAAGAACAUGGGUAUUGCAUUGA